AUGUCUACACUUGUGAUUCCAGGUGAUGAAAUAAGCAUAGAUUCCGAGAGACCCGUGGUACUGGGUCCCGGUAUGUACAAUGAUCCUGUUACUCAAAGGAUUGUACCCGUGAAUGCCGGUCUUCUAAACAUAUCUGACUCCAAGAAAGGCCAAACCAUCUACGUUGAAUACGACUCCAAGAGAUAUAGUCCUGCUGUUGGUGACCUUGUGGUAGGUAUUAUUACAGGUGCGUUUGGUGACAGUUACAGGGUAUCUUUGUCAAGUUUUUCAACACCAGUCUCAUUAUCAUAUAUGGCAUUUCCAAAUGCCUCCAAAAAGAAUAGACCCACUCUGGUAAUAGGAGACCUUGUGUAUGCUCGUGUAUGCAACGCAGAAAAGGAACUGGAGGCCGAAAUUGAAUGUGUAGACUCUACUAAUGGGUCCGAUGCAGGAUUUGGUUUAUUAGAAAACGGUAUGGUGAUAGAGGCAACACUUGGAUUUACACGUUCUUUACUUUUCAAUAAUGAAUUCCCAUUACUGAGGGAGUUGGCCCAACAUUGUAAAUUUGAGAUUGCCAUUGGUGUCAACGGGAAAAUAUGGAUCAAGACGGAUGAAGUCAAGGAGACCAUUGCUUGUUAUAGAUCUAUCUCCGAUUGUCAAGGUCAACCUCAGGAGAAAUUCCAAGAGAUUAUCAAGAACUAUUUCUUACAGGUAACGAAUACCGUCGAGGAAUAA